GCGGGGUGUCCCCGCCAGCUCGCUAUCAGCCGCCGUAACCAGGGAAAAGGGGAAGGCCAUGCUUCAGGCCGCGCCGAUAACCCGGGGGAUGCGGCACGGCGCGAGCCCGCAGACCAGCACAGCUUGCCACAGCACCCGUGCGCAUGGAGGGACUGCACCAUGGCUGCAUCCUUCUCCUCCUCCUCCUCCUCUACCCGCUCCCACAGCCGGGCGCCCCGAGCCCACCGCCGCCUCCGGAGGGGCCCCGGGAGCUGCCGCCGUCGCCGCCACCCAGCACCGCCGACCCCACGGCCCACCUGCUGCGCGGCCGGCCCUCGGCCCCGGUGCGGCCCUACAGCCUCUCUCUCUCCCCCGAGGACUACCGCUACUCCCCCAAGCCCCGGCACCUGCGGCCCGGGCGGCUGCGCCGGCUCCUGGGCUCGGCCUUCGACCCCUUCUGGAUGGCGACCGAGGAGCCCCGGCGCGGCAACGGCAGCGUCCUCGACGAGAACCUGGAGUCCCUGAGCCGGGAGCUGGCGGAGGGCGCCGGGCGCUACCGCCGCAAGCUGUGGCGGGAGGUGGAGGGGCUGGAGCUGCCCACGCUGCUGCCCCCUGGCCCGGCGCUGCCCCCCGAGCUGCCGGCGGCCCUGGCCCGCCGCCUGCGGCACUGGCUGGUGGAGCGGGCCGCUUGCCGCCUCACCUCCACCUGGGUCGACCUGGGGCCGGUGUUCUGGCCGCGCUGGGUGCGCCACACCGCCUGCGAGACCGGCCCCCCCGGCUGCUCCUGGCCCCCCGGCAUGGCCUGCCGCCCGGCACAGCUCACCCACAUCAAGCUGCUGGCCUGGCACUGCUGGGCCUCCCGGGCUCCCGGCCCCCUGCACUGCGCCUGGCGGCACAUCCCCUACCCCGUCGUGGCCGCCUGCAAGUGCUCCUGCCGCUGA